GAAAAAGAAAAGAAGAGAAAAGAAAAGAAAGAAAUCCUGAAAAAAAAAAAUAUAGAAGUUAAAAAACAAAAAAAGUCUCCAUCUUUUCUUGCCUGGAUUAGUUCCUCUAAUCCAGGCAUGAGUCUCCAUGGAUGAUGAAAAUUAAGCUAAAAUCCCAUUUAUAAACGCAAGAAAAAGAAGAAGAAAAUCUAAAGGCGUACAGGAAAACCUUCUUUCUCUUUUUCCUUGAGAAAAUCUUUAUUAGUUUUCCUGUACGCCAAAUUCUUGUCCUUCUUUUUCAAUCAUGUACACCAAUACCCAUAUAUUUCUUUUUCUAGCUUUUUUUUAUGUCCUUCACAAUGUAUCGAUUGCAGACACAGCCCAGUCUUUUUUCUUGACCUGUGGCACAGAAAAGGGAGGAGCAGAUGCUGACGGGCAAAUAUGGGAACCAGAUACUAAAUACAUCUCGGGCAAUCAUCCAAAUGCAAAAGCUCGAACUCAAGAUUCUACAAUUGCUUCUGAUAUUCCAUUCAUGGUUGCUAGAAUAUUCACAUCUGAAGCAACCUAUAAAUUACCUGUUAAGCCAAAAACCCGGUAUUUUCUCAGGCUUUACUUUUAUCCAGCAGAAUAUAAUACUUUCAAUAUCCAAAACUCCUAUUUCUCUGCUGUAGCAGAAGGAGUUACUCUAUUGAACAAUUUUAGCGCUCCAAUAACAGCUCAAGCCCUUUCAUAUUCUUACAUUAUUAAAGAAUAUUCUCUAUCUCCGAUUGAAGCUAAUACACUUAACAUCACUUUUAAGCCGUCGGACAAGGUUAAAGAUUCUUUUGCAUUUAUCAACGGUAUUGAAUUAGUACCGAUCCAGCAUGACCUUUUCGGGCCAGGGCAGAUGGUAGGAUUUUCAGGUCUGAUAAUUGAUGCAAAGAAUGCUGAUUUGGAAACCAUGUAUAGAUUAAACGUUGGAGGGCAAUAUAUAGCACCAAGCAAAGAUUCUGCUGGGCUUUCAAGAACUUGGUACGACGAUUCACCUUAUAUAUUUAGUGCUGCAAUGGGGAUAACUUCAGAGGCAAAUAAAAGUGUUGAAAUACACUAUGCACAUUUACCAGAAGAAGCAGCUCCUGCAGUUGUUUACACUACAGCAAGAAGUAUGGGACUCGAUUCAAAUAUAAACUUAAAUUUCAAUCUGACAUGGUUAUUUCAGGUUGAUCCAGGUUUCAUAUAUAUUGUCAGGUUACAUUUCUGUGAGUUUGAAUUAACCAGAGUUAACCAAAGGUCCUUUAACAUUUACCUAAAUAAUCAAAGCGCGCAAGCAGACCCUUCGCCUGCUGAUAUACUUGGUUGGACAGGAGGACAUGUUGGACAACCUACUUAUAAAGAUUAUAUGGUAUUGGUGCCAGAUUUGAAAGAAGAUGGUCAUAUUCAGUUAGAUUUGCAUCCAUCAGAAUUGCAAAAGCCUGAAAUUUAUGAUGCCUGGCUUAACGGGUUAGAAAUAUUUAAAAUGAGUGAUAAAAGAAAUAACUUGGCAGGCCCUAAUCCUGAACUAUCAGAAAUGCUUGCCCACGACUUAUCAGAAGCUAAAAGUGGUUUUGAUGCAAAUAGUAGUCAUAAAGUUGUGAUUGAAAGUGCAGCUGGAGGAGCUGCAGGCGUCUGUUUAGUGGCUGCAAUAUAUGUUGCUGUCUACAAAAGGCAAAAUAAAGUUAGUGCCACCCAACAGCAUACAUCUAGUUGGUUACCGAUUAAAAUUAAUACCUCUCAUACUAAUACUACAAGCAAGACUAGUACUACUACUAACAGCAACCUUUCAAGUAUAACUCAGGGCCUUUGUCGCCAUUUUUCUGUACUCGACAUGAAAAAGGCGACUGAAGACUUCCAGGAGCGUAAUGUUAUCGGUGUUGGAGGUUUUGGGAAGGUUUAUAAAGGUGUUAUUGAUAAGAACAUGAAAGUUGCUAUUAAAAAAUCAAACCCACAAUCAGAACAAGGAGUUAAUGAGUUUCGAACAGAGAUAGAGAUGCUUUCCAAAUUGAGACAUAAGCAUUUAGUCUCAUUGAUUGGUUUUUGUGAAGAAAAUGAGGAAAUGUGUUUGGUUUAUGACUAUAUGGAACUUGGGACUUUGAGAGAGCAUUUAUACAAUACUAAUAGACCUAAACUUUCCUGGAAGCAAAGGCUAGAAAUCUGCAUUGGAGCUGCAAGAGGACUUCAUUACCUUCAUACAGGAGCCAAGUAUACAAUCAUACAUAGAGAUGUUAAGACAACAAAUAUUCUCUUAAACGAAAAUUGGGUGGCUAAGGUUUCUGAUUUCGGGUUAUGCAAAACCGGUCCCAAUCUAGACAAGGGUCAUGUUAGUACUGUGGUUAAAGGUAGUUUUGGUUACUUAGAUCCUGAAUAUUUCAGAACACAACAGUUAACUGAAAAAUCUGAUGUAUUCUCAUUUGGGGUUGUGCUAUUUGAGGUAUUAUGUGCGAGACCUCCUUUGGAUUCUUCCCUUCCUAAAGAACAACUCAGUCUUGCAGAUUGGGCUCGUCAAUGCGAAAAACGAGGAGUUGUUGAAAGCAUAAUUGAUCCUUAUAUCAAACCUAAAAUUAAACCUCAAUGCCUAGAGAAAUUCGUAGAAACUGCUGUGAAAUGUUUGGAUGAUGAAUCAAUUAAUCGCCCGUCUAUGGGUGAUGUCUUAUGGAAUCUUGAAUUUGCUUUGCAAUUACAAGAAAAUUCUAAAGUUGAUCACCAUCAACAAACUAUCAGUUCUGGUGGAUCUAGUGAAAUCUUUCCUCAUAUUGUCAUUCAAGAAGGGAGGUGAUUAAGAUUCUUUUUUUCUAGGUAAAUUAAUUAAUUAAUGUUGUUACAUAAAAAGUAAUUAAUUAAUGAAAUUCAAGAAUCUAAAAGCUAGUUCUAGUUCUUGAUUAAUUGUUUAAGAGAGGGUGAUAUAUUGUUUUGUUGUUUGUAUUUUUAGAGUGGGCAGAUUGUUUAAAUUCAUAGCAAAUCUUGAAUACUUUGUAUUAAUUACAUAGUCAAAUUACAAAACCUAAUUGUAAAAAAAAAAGAAGAAAAAAGAAGGAUAUGUAUAUAAAUGGCCACAAAGACUGCGAGCUCGUUACAACUAUUCAUGUAAAGCUAAUAGUUGUGUGGAUUGAUUCGCUAAUUCCGCCAUGGAAAUUCCUCCAGAAUUAUCCAACAGUGGGUUUGGCUCAUACUAGACUGUGUAUAGAGGGCUUUGUCCUCUCCAUUUUGUAACAAAGAAUAAAAAAAAAAAAGACAGUCAUUCUUAUCUU